AUUCUCUAUGGAACGUGGAUGUACAGUUCAGUUCGUAACUAUUGUUUCAACAAUUCUUCGCAAUCAAGCAGGCUUUGAUUCUCUGUCUUCCUCCUUGCUCCCUGGUACAAGUGCUAUGAUAGGAUUCAUUUUGUCAUGACAAUGGCCCAGUCUGGCCAGUCCGUCCAAGGCGAAAUCGCCCUCCUCGAGUUGAAGAACUGUCUAGUUAAUCUUCCCAUAAGUCUGGUUUCCGCGCUGGUCAACGCGAAUACAAUUGCCCAAAAUGUGGUAGUUGAGAUAUCCUAUCGCGAGCCAAGCCCCACGGGCAGCAGCCAGACGUCCGGGUCUACACCUCGGUCCAUAUUCGUAGGAUGGACUGGCAUGCAGAGCAAGCGAAAGGUUGCGCCUGUUGUAGGACGAGAUGGAUUAGCCAGGGGUAGCAGAGAGCAAGACGUGAGCGUGGUUGAAAUAGACACGACAUUUGCGCGGUUACUCGGUCUCCAUAACCUGCAGAAGGUUGGGAUUUCGCUUCAUCUUGAACCGAUUCAAGCGACCACCAUCAAUAUCGAACCGCUCACCGCUGCCGAUUGGGAAAUGAUUGAGCUCCAUGCGCAAUUCUUGGAGCUCAAUUUUCUAUCCCAGGUACGGGCGCUGCCGAAUCCUCUAUACGAACCGCCUUCCAAGAACAAAGAAGCCUCCAAGCGACCACCGCAUCCGAUUACACUACACCUGUCCCCUACCUCUACUGCGAAUAUUGUGGUCACGUCUCUCGCUCCAGCCCCGAGCAAUACUACGCCGUUUGUUAAGAUCUCUCCGGAUGCGGAAAUCAUUGUUGCGCCUAAAACGCGCCAAAAGAGCGAAAAGGGCACGGGGAGGGAAACUCGAAGUGUUGGCAGCGCUGGGAGACGAAGCGCAGGCGGCAAAAGCGGCGCAAGUGCGGCCAGAAAUCGACAUCGGGAUGAUCCUUCGAACCGCGGGUGCCUCUUCCUUCGAGGCGUCGAUCGCUCUUUGGCGUCGGAAUGGUUCGAUGACGAGCCGCCGAGUGAGACGCAAAAAGAUGGACUGAAAGUUUGGGUGGACCGCCAGCUUUUGAUGUCAAAACAGCUGAAAGGCGUAAAUUGGGUUUCUGUGUCGCUCGUUAAACCGCUCGGCCUCCAGGAGCCUGCGGAUCCACAGAAAGAGGCAGAAAUCGAGAAGCCAGCUGCCAAGGUGGUUGCUAAACUGGAAGCCUGGGACGAUGCUCCAGAUAGCAAUCACAUGGCACUCUCCACCCUUCUAUGUCAAGUCCUUGCUGCGGAAGGACUCGUAGGUGGAAUUGUACGGAUCGAAGCUGCUCCUUUGCAAGUUGCCAAACCCAGUGCAAUGAAAGGAUCCAGGGAUUCGGCGGUGAAAACUCUCAAGGUUUUCCCAUUCGCCACAAGCGAUUCCUCUUCCAAAACCUCCAGCAUCAAAUUUGGGGGUGAGUCUAAGCAAGAGAAGGAUGAAGCUUCCGAGCGCUUGAAAACUCUCUUUGGCAAAGGGCCUCUCGGCAAUGGACUAUGCGAUGGUCCCAUUACGGAUGGAAUGGUCCUACCCUCCAUUGAAGGGGUUCCUGGAGCUCUCACCUGGCCAGGGGGUCUUGUGCGUUUCGAGCCUCCGCAAACACCGAACGACUCCUCCAAGCCAAGCACAUUUUGGUUCCUGGGCGCCGAACGAAAAUUUUCUUUCGAUACGCAGCCGGAGAUUGGAAUGCCGUCGAGCAAAUUGACUCUCUCCGUUCCAGGCGAACCGUUACCGGCAAAAAUACCAGAAAUGGUUGGUAUCGAUCACUUGAUCGAAGACCUCAGAAUGCACCUCGGUAACUCCUCAUCUGUCCUUCUGACUGGUGGGCUUGGGUCGGGCAAGACAAACUUGGCCCAACUGCUUGCCAAACAGCUUCGCGAUGAGUCACUGUACAACGUCGUAUACUUCCCUUGCCGAAGCCUGGUCACUGAAGAGACUCGGGUUGGCACGAUCAAAGAGAACCUAGAACGGGUCUUCGCAUCCGCUGCUUGGGGUGCCCGACUCGGCGGUAGAUCCAUCGUUGUUCUGGAUGACAUGGAUCGUUUGACCCCGGUGGAGACGGAGUUGCAAGUAGGUGGAGAAAAUGGGAGGAGUCGGCAUGUCAGCGAAUGUCUAUGUGCUAUUGUUCGCCAGUACUGCACGGAGGAUAGCGGCAUCGUACUUCUCGCGACUGCUCCUGGGAAAGAGUCGGUCAACAACGUGAUCAUUGGAGGGCACGUAGUUCGCGAGAUCGUAACGGUCAAAGCUCCGAACAAGGAGGGAAGGCGGAAAGUCUUGGAACUCCUGACGAAGCGACACGCAAGCCUUCAGGAGGAGCCGAAGCAGUCGAAUGGCAUUAGCGAACAUUCCAGGCAACCCUCGCGUGCUCGAGCAUGGCAUUCACGAGAGAAUUCAAGCGACUUUAGUGACCUGGGUAGCCGACCGGGCACGCCGCGAAUCGAUGACAACCACACAGAAUCCUUCGUUGUGGACCCCUCGAUCGACUUCCUUGAGAUUGCUGGGCAAACGGAUGGCUACAUGCCUGGCGACCUUGUCCUGCUUGCCAGUCGUGCUCGUAACGAGGCGCUUAUUCGGGUCGUUUCGUCGCAAACAGACUCGCAUAACGACUCCGGUCCUGCAACCCUCUCCGAGGCGGAUUUCACAAGUGCGUUGAAAGGUUUUACUCCGGCGUCGUUGCGGAACGUUACACUUCAGCAGUCAACGACCAGAUGGGAUAGUAUCGGAGGAUUGCACACCACCAGACAAGUCCUCCUCGAGACGCUCCAAUAUCCCACCACCUAUGCACCAAUCUUCUCCUCGUGUCCUCUUCGGCUUCGCAGUGGUCUCCUCCUCUACGGAUACCCCGGGUGCGGCAAAACCUUGUUAGCAAGCGCCGUCGCUUCCGAAUGCGGGCUUAACUUCAUCAGCGUCAAGGGUCCCGAAAUUUUGAACAAGUACAUCGGUGCAAGCGAGAAAGGUGUGCGCGACCUAUUUGAACGCGCCGAAGCAGCGCGACCUUGCGUGCUUUUCUUCGAUGAAUUCGACUCGAUCGCCCCAAAGAGAGGUCACGACAGCACCGGGGUCACUGAUCGAGUUGUGAACCAGCUUCUCACUCUCAUGGACGGUGCUGAAGGCCUGAGUGGCGUCUAUGUCCUUGCUGCGACGAGCAGACCAGAUCUGAUCGAUCCCGCAUUGCUCCGACCCGGUCGUUUGGAUAAGAGCCUGAUCUGCGACAUGCCCACGUUGGAAGAUCGUGUCGACAUUUUGAAGGCUCUUGGAACGAAAGUCAAAUUUUCCGACGACGUGUGGUCCCCCGAUAAUGCGCCGGGCGACAAUGGUAAACUGGUAGAUGUGGCGAGGCGUACAGAAGGUUUCAGUGGAGCGGAUCUUCGAGCCGUGGUGCAGAACGCCCAGCUCGAAGCUAUCCAUGAGCUCCUAGACCAAGACGAUGCGAAUGAUAUCGGCUCUAGUAAGAUGGCGGAUGGAAAACCGAAACCGAACGGUGUCUCCAAAGGGCCACCGAAACCCACCGGCCAGCUUGAUUUCUUCCACUUCCAAUUCGGCGAAGACGAACGGUCGUACGCUGUGGGCUCCGGUGAGACGUCGACUGCCAAACUGGCGGAGAGGGCCAAUAUUGCCGCCAAGCUGAGCAACAUGCAAGCGGCACGACGGCGGCAGAAGCAAUUGCAAGAGCAACAGCAGGGGACAUCGCAUGAUCAUGAGGACGCGAGAAGCCUGCAUUCUGUUCCGGCGGAGGCGACAGAAGCAAAGACCGAGUCCAAACAGCCGAAGGUGAGUUGGAAGCAUCUGGUGGGAGCGCUUUCGACGACCCGAGCGUCCAUCAGCGCUCCCGAGCAAAGAAGGCUGCAACGCAUCUACGAUGAUUUCGUCGGAGGGAGAAGCGGGGACCUGCCGAACGGGCAGGGUGGCAAUGAAAUUGGAGGCCGGUCAAGUUUAAUGUGAAGCCGAAUUGGCAUUGCACAAUGUAAUAUACGAUGUGUAAAGCAGCCACGAUUCUUAACUGGUAUCUUCCAGCGCGUGUUCUAUCAAAGUCUUGUAUCCCUUGACAGCUUCUUCCAGCUCCGAUACAGUGAGCUCCUCGUUUGGCCCGUGAGCAACCUGGAUGCUCCCAGGACCAUACAAAUACUUCUUAUGGUCUCCCGCCAGGUUCGGGAUGUCCGUUCCAUAAUUCACAACCAUCGUCUC